UGGUGUUGCAGCCUCCGCAGCCUCGAGCAAGAGUGGAGAGCCGUCAUCUGGGGCCCGUACACUCAAGUGAUUCAGCGUCACCAUGGCACCUGUACCUUCACCUGAAACAGAGAUGGAAGAUGUACAGUGGGCAGACAAUUUGAUGGACCAUAAAACAACAGAAGAGAUGAAAGCUCAGGCAGAGGAGAGAGUGAGGAGUUCCUCCUCCGACCUCCACUGUGAGCUGUUGGACUUAAGUGGAGGAGAGAAUAUAACAGAGCUGUGCAAAAGGAAAGAACAGAUGAAGAAAACAUACUCGCCCAGGGUGUCUGUGCAAAGCCCUGUGAUAGGGUCCAUGGAUACUGCAGAAUUCAUGAAUGCAGCCAGUCAAGGCAAGCUGAAUGUAAUAGACAAGUAUUUGGCUGAUGGCGGGGACCCUAAUGUCCACGAUGAGUUGAAGAGGACAGCACUACAUCGUGCCUCUCUGGACGGACACACCGCAGUUAUCCAAACGCUUUUGGAAAAAGGAGCCGAUAUCAACUUUGAAGAUCAACUGGGCUCCAGGGCCAUACACUGGGCCUGCAGAGGGGGAAGCCCGGAUGUUGUCAAAGCCCUGAAGAGCCUUGGGGCUGACCUGAAUGCUAGAGAUAAGUUGGACAGCACUCCUCUGCAUGUGGCCACAAGAACAGGCCACACCACCAUUGUUGAGUACCUGCUGUCCUGUGGUGCCAACAUCAACUCCAGGGACAGGGAAGGAGACACAGCCCUGCAUGAUGCUGUGCGUCUCAACAGAUACAAGAUAGUGAAGCUGCUCAUAGCUGCACGGGCAGACACAAAUAUACAAAAUCAUGAAGGAGUGACUGCAGUGCAGCAGGUAAAACAAUGGCAGUUUGACAUCACGGAGACCCUGAAGAGACUGGACAUGCUGAGGGAGGUGGGACCUGAAAACGCCUCCAGAGAGGAGUGAAGAGUGCAAAAGAUCUCUCACUAUAUUCUUUAUAACAUAACUUUAUACAACUCAGUAUAAAGGACAAUAAAGGACAAAUGACAUUUUUAACUCUGUCUCAGGUUCAAAAUACAUUUUGUAAUUCCACUGUAUGUCUGUGUACAUCAUAUUUGAGUAUAUGCAUUAUAUGUGCUCACCACCAAAAUCUGCCUUUCCAGGGCAUGGGGUUUAAACCUCUGAGGUUUGUCUGAACUCUGACACUACAACAUGUCAGCUGGGAUGUGACAGAUUCAGCUCUGCUUGUCUUGUGAAAAAGGAAACAAAAACAUAUGAAUGAGGAAACAAAGCUGAAUUUCUCAAACAGUUUUGCCAAGCUUUAGCUUUUGAUGUUCUCUUCUAAAGAGCGUUAUGAUCUGAGCAGUGCUCUCGUGGAUGUUUCAUAUCUGAUUUGUGAUGCCUCUGUAAGUUGAAUAAUAUCAAUACACAGCGCUGUGCAGAAGCUGCAUUUGAAUAUACAUCAAGAGAUCCUUGUUUUAUUGAGGCGACAGAUAAGGUCGGAGCACACAGUAGCACUGUGUUUGAGACUUCGGCUGACCAUAGCAGAGUUGGCUGGAAUGCCCCCGCUUUAAGUCAGGGAUUCGAGGGGAGCUCAGUGGACAUAUUUUCCUUCUGUCAUCAGUGGCUCAAAUGUUCCUGAGGGAGGUUGGCCAUUCACACAGGGGAAACCAACAGCUUGCUCCCGUGCUUGCAAUGUAGUCAUGUAUGCACAGUUAGUCAUGACACAUGCAGCCAUUCAUUUUGUGAGCACAUUUUGUUCAACAGCUACUGCUAUACUUUACACACUGUGAAUGUAAAAUGCUGUUGUGAAAAGAGUGCAGUCUUCUGUUCAUUGUAGACAACUCAUCAGAUAUAUUAUCAGCCACACACAGUAUUUCCUGUUCCAAGCACGGCCGUGCAACUGUCAGGGACUUCAGUGGAGACACGUAACAUGUGCAGUACAAGGUUCUGCACACUACGUGACAGAGUUGUCAUUCAUUUGGUCAACCUGAGCCUAACAGAGUUAUCAAAGUAACAUAAUAAAGUGUAUUGUAUUAGAAAGAUG